AUGUCUAGUAAAGUGUGGAGUAGACUAAAUGUAACGAGAAAGGAUGGGAGUGAAGUUAAAUUGCGUUUUCAAGAUUUUCCAUGGGAUCAAAAUAAAAAUGAGAUAUUGGAUUUUUGUUCGAAAUACUUCAUUAAAGAUGAAGCUUUUCAUAAAGCGGCAGGAAUAUUUAAAAACGAUGAAGCUAUAGCGGAAUACAGGGCGAUUAUCUCUCAUUAUUACGAUAUGAUCCCCAUUCAUAUAACUGUGUGUUGCUUAGAUGAUGACUCCAAAACAAUCGACAUUCUUGGUUUAUCAAUGAUAUGUGAGUUUAAAGAUCAGCCAGAAAAAAUUGAUUUUAAAAUGUUUGAGAAAAAAACAAAGGAGAUGCAGGAUUUUUUCAAUGUUAUAAAACUAAAUUCUGAUAUAAAGAUCAAAGAUUAUCAAUCAUACUUCGAAGGCAGAGGGAUUAUAGUUCGACCGGACCAAAGGGGAUUGGGCAUGGCCAGUGAAUUUGUAAGACUAAGAAAAGAGAUUUGUAUUGACCGUAACAUAGACAUGACAUGUGCUUGGAUGACUUCAAUAGGAACUCAAAAAGCAGCUGACAAAUAUAAGUGGAAGACAUUUUACGAAUUACCAGUGGAAGAAUUAGAAAAGGCAUCAGGCCUUGUAUUUGAUGCCAAUGUACCGACAUUUAAAUUAAUGUUCACUACAAGGAACUAG